CCCUCCUCGGCCCGCCGCCGCUGCUCCAGAUGAGGUGAUGGCAACGGCCAACUUCGGCAAGAUCCAGAUCGGGAUUUACGUGGAGAUCAAGCGGAGCGAUGGCCGAAUACAUCAAGCAAUGGUAACAUCUUUAAAUGAAGAUAAUGAAAGCGUGACUGUUGAAUGGAUAGAAAAUGGAGAUACAAAAGGCAAAGAGAUUGACUUGGAGAGCAUCUUUUCACUUAACCCUGACCUUGUACCUGAUGAAGAAAUUGAACCCAGUCCAGAAACACCUCCACCUCCAACAUCCUCAGCCAAAGUAAACAAAAUUGUAAAGAAUCGACGGACUGUGGCUUCUAUUAAGAAUGACCCUCCUCCAAGAGAUAAUAGAGUGGUUGGUUCUGCACGUGCACGGCCUAGUCAACUUCCUGAACAGUCUUCUUCUGCACAACAGAAUGGUAGUGUUUCAGAUAUAUCUCCAGUUCAAGCUGCAAAAAAGGAAUUUGGACCCCCUUCGCGUAGAAAAUCUAAUUGCGUGAAAGAAGUAGAAAAAUUACAAGAAAAACGAGAAAAAAGGAGACUACAACAGCAAGAACUUAGAGAAAAAAGAGCCCAGGACGUUGAUGCUACAAACCCCAAUUAUGAAAUUAUGUGUAUGAUCAGAGACUUUAGAGGAAGUUUGGAUUAUAGACCAUUAACAACAGCAGAUCCUAUUGAUGAGCAUAGGAUAUGUGUUUGUGUAAGAAAACGACCACUCAAUAAAAAAGAAACUCAAAUGAAAGAUCUUGAUGUAAUCACAAUCCCUAGUAAAGAUGUUGUGAUGGUACAUGAACCAAAACAAAAAGUAGAUUUAACAAGGUACCUAGAAAACCAAACAUUUCGUUUCGAUUAUGCCUUUGAUGACUCAGCUCCUAAUGAAAUGGUUUACAGGUUUACAGCUAGACCACUAGUGGAAACUAUAUUCGAAAGGGGAAUGGCUACAUGCUUUGCUUAUGGGCAGACUGGAAGUGGAAAAACUCAUACUAUGGGAGGUGACUUUUCAGGAAAGAACCAAGAUUGUUCUAAAGGAAUUUAUGCAUUAGCAGCCCGAGAUGUCUUUUUAAUGCUAAAGAAGCCAAACUAUAAGAAGUUAGAACUUCAAGUGUAUGCAACCUUUUUUGAAAUUUAUAGUGGAAAGGUGUUUGACUUGCUAAACAGGAAAACAAAAUUAAGAGUGCUAGAAGAUGGAAAACAGCAGGUUCAAGUGGUGGGAUUACAGGAACGAGAGGUCAAAUGUGUUGAAGAUGUCCUGAAACUCAUUGACAUAGGCAACAGUUGCAGAACAUCUGGUCAAACAUCUGCAAAUGCACAUUCAUCUCGGAGCCAUGCAGUGUUUCAGAUUAUUCUUAGGAGGAAAGGGAAACUACAUGGCAAAUUUUCUCUCAUCGAUUUGGCUGGGAAUGAAAGAGGAGCUGAUACUUCCAGUGCAGACAGGCAAACUAGGCUUGAAGGUGCUGAAAUUAAUAAAAGCCUUUUAGCACUCAAGGAGUGCAUUAGAGCCUUAGGUAGAAAUAAACCUCAUACUCCUUUCCGAGCAAGCAAACUCACUCAGGUGUUAAGAGAUUCAUUUAUUGGUGAAAACUCUCGUACCUGCAUGAUUGCCACAAUCUCUCCAGGAAUGGCAUCUUGUGAAAAUACUCUUAAUACAUUAAGAUAUGCAAAUAGAGUAAAGGAGUUUGGAAUUAGUCCAUCAGACAUUCCCUUCUCACAGGGUAGUGGCAGUCGCCCUGAUCUCUCUCCUUCUUAUGAGUAUGACGACUUUUCUCCUUCGAUUACCAGGGUGAAAGAAUUGACCGUGGAUCCUACUUCUGCUGGUGAUGUCCGUCCAAUAAUGCACCAUCCACCAAAUCAGAUUGAUGACUUAGAGGCACAGUGGGGUGUCGGAAGUUCCCCUCAGAGAGAUGAUUUAAAACUUCUUUGUGAACAAAAUGAAGAAGAAGUUUCUCCACAGUUGUUUACUUUCCAUGAAGCUGUCUCACAGAUGGUGGAAAUGGAAGAACAAGUUGUAGAAGAUCACAGAGCAGUGUUCCAGGAAUCUAUUCGAUGGUUAGAAGAUGAAAAGGCUCUCCUAGAGAUGACUGAAGAAGUAGACUAUGAUGUAGAUUCAUAUGCUACGCAACUUGAAGCUAUUCUUGAGCAAAAAAUAGACAUUUUAACUGAGCUACGGGAUAAAGUGAAAUCUUUUCGUGCAGCUCUACAAGAAGAAGAACAGGCCAGCAAGCAAAUCAACCCGAAGAGACCCCGUGCCCUUUAAAUUGGCAUUUGCUGCUAUAGGACCCCCAGAACCCUCAAUACUGUAACAUAUGAUAGUUCAGCUGUAAAGGCCGUUUGAAAGUUUGAAAUUUUAAGUGUCUGUGGAAAGUGUCUUGUCCCUUCACCUGAAUGACAUUUCAGUUUUGUGAAACACAACUUUGUCUACAAAAUGCUUCUAGCCCAGGAGGCACAACCAAGAUUUGGGAAUAUUGAAGCAUUUUAUUUCAUUUACCCAAAUAGUGAUUUACUUUUGGAGAUCCUUGCCAAUUUUAUUUUCUAUGUAAUGAAGUAAGAUUGUGGACUUAAUCUGGAGGUGAAUAGUAGGGGGAAGCCGCAGCAUUUCCUUUUAACUCGGUUCAAUUUUCGUAGCAAGACUGAACAGUUUUAAAUCCUUUGCGUGCAUGCAUACCUCAUCAGUGAUUGUACAUACCUUGCCCACUCCUAGAGACAGCUGUGCUCACCUCUUCCUGCUUUGUGCCUUGACUAAGGCUAUUGACCCUAAAAUUCUGAAGCACAGCCAAGAUAAAUUACAUUCCUUAUUUGUCAUUGUAAAUUUACCUUUAUUGUGUGUACAUUUUUACUGUAUUUGAGACAUUUUUUGUGUGUGACUAGUUAAUUUUGCAGGAUGUGCCAUAUCAUUGAAUGGAACUAAAGUCUGUGACAGUGGACAUAGCUGCUGGACCACUCCAUCUUAUAUGUAAAGAAAUCUGGAAUUAUGAUUUUAAAACCAUAUAACAUGUGGAUAUAAUUUUCUUAGCAUUUUCUUUGUAAAGAACUAAAAUAUAAUCUAGUUGGUGUAUAAUAAAAAGUAAUGAAAUUCUGAGAAGAGUUUUAUCUUAGGGUAAUACAUAUAUAUGCAGUGUGUGUUUUGGUGUGGUAUUAACAAGACUAAUAGUGCAAUUUGACCCUUACCAAUACCAUUACUCUUAAGUUCAAGUGUCCAUUUGCACCCCAAAAUGUACCUUUUAAAUGUACUGUUAAAGGAAAUUGGCUUCUGAUGCAUGAACAUUUACAUGUACAUUGAAAGUAGUCCAUAAUAGAAUUGUUAGUUUAAGCCAAGUGUAGACAGUACAUUACUCCCUUGAAAAAGAAUUAAGCUAAAAAAAGAGUUGACUGCCUUAAAAGGCAGAUCUUACCCAAGCUCUCUCUAUCCAUUACCUAAUGUGAUGUUUCACAAUUAUGUGGUGAGAGUCACCAGAUUGUCACCGAUAAGUUGGUCUAGGGUAUGCUACUUUUUAAAUGGUGGCACUUAUUUUUACAGGUUGCUACUCCAAGGAAAAAAGCUGGCCACUUUUCAUGUAAAUAUUUUGUUAAAAGAUUUAUAUAUCUCUCUAGGAGUUUUCCCUCUGUUCCUAGGAGUCCAGGAGUAGAUUAACAACAAAAAAUCUCCCAAGGAUAUCUUUCUUGUGUUGAUUUACUCUAGGGAACCGCUAGCUCAUUCAUACGAGCCAAGGGAAGCUAUGAAUAGAGAGUCACAUGAGCCAGAUUCCCAACUUCACUGUUCAUAGAAUUCAGAGGGUAGUUGUGGAAAUCCUAACACCGUAUUGAAAUGCUCCUCUGUAAACUUGAAAUCUAGAACAAACGUAGAUUUUGACAAUGUGCUCAUUAAUAAAUGAAGUCUAUGGAAUGAGUUUAGAGAUAAUUUUCUUCAAUAUAAUCACCUUUGUUUUGGAAAGGACUCAGGUUUUCUUGCAGCUAUAAUAUAUGUUCUAUUUGUGUUUAUUUCAAAGAGAAAAGGAAGAGUGGAGAAUUGUUACUAUUGGCCUUACAGAGGCUGUUUAAAAGGUAGUUUUUGAGGCUAACCAACCUUCAAAGGGCAAUAAAAAGAGGAGCUUGCUCAUUUUAAAGCUCAAUAGAUUAGUCUUAAUUUAUUAUGUAAAUUACAUGGGUACUAUCUCUGGAAGGUCCCUUUAUAUCCAAAUAUGCUGCCUUAUCCUAUAAUGGCUUUGUUCUGAUCAGUAAUCAAGGUAUAUACAAAAUCAGUACUAGAAAAGAUCUUGGUAGUAUAAUCCAGUCCUUUGGUUUUACACAUAGGUAAAACAAAAGGCCAGAAAAGAGACUAAACUUCAGCAGAAGUUCCUAAGGAGUAGAGGGAAAGCGGAAUUAAAUCUUAAAAUUUUCCUGUAAGUAUAGAGAUGGUACAGGUGAACUUUGUAAAGUAAGCAGUUUUGUGAUAUUUUAAAAAAACCUACUCUUAAGUAUAUUUAAUAUUUAUGUAACAAAUGUGGUUUGAUGCAGCUAUUUAAAGAAUUUUUUGGAUCUGGAUUAAACAUUCUUUACUUUCUCAGA